AAUACGUUCCCCAAAAACAAGGGAAAAAAAAAUCUCAUUCUCUCCGGCUCGAUCAACAGGUGAGAAACAAAAAACCGCACAGCCGCGCUCCUUGACGCCGACGCUCCGCCACCGCCGUCGCCGCUCCGUCCACUCUUUGUCUUCAUACGGACGUCGAAAUUGGAAUUUGCACUAAUUGAUUAAGUCUCGUUGUGUGAGAUUAGCAGUCGCCUACAUAAACCCAAUUUCCGGUGAGGAAAAAUGGUUUCCGGUCUAAUCAAUCCCAAUCCUGUGGUCUAUGAGAAGAAAGAGCGCCGGGUUCGUGGUGCUUCAAGUAACGCCGAUGAGUAUGCCGUCGAACCAAUUGACCAACAAGAAGUUUUUGAUCAUAUUAGAGAUAUUAAAGAUCCAGAGUACCCUUAUUCUUUGGAAGAGCUGAAAGUUGUAGCAGAAGAUGCAAUUGAAGUGGACGACCAGCACAGUUAUGUUAGGAUCACCUUUACCCCCACCGUUGAACAUUGUAGUAUGGCAGCAAUAAUUGGUCUCUGCUUAAGAGUAAAACUCAUAAGAAGCCUACCGUCUCGUUACAAGGUGGACAUUCGAGUUGCACCUGGAUCUCAUUCAACUGAAGCUGCUGUUAAUAAGCAACUGAAUGACAAGGAAAGGGUUGCAGCAGCAUUGGAAAACCCAAACCUUGUGGAUAUGGUUGAUGAAUGCUUAGCUCCGACCUAUGGUUGAACAAAUCAUAUAAAACCCAAAUGCAGUUAUGAUCGUGAUGCAAAAUUUUGGCCUCUUAUGUUUUGUAUAUGAUUCUUUUCUAAGUUUAGAAGAAUGAAAUAAUCUAUCACAAGGAGGUGGCGAGAGCUAUAUAGUUCAUGUGAAAGUAAUGCUAUCUAUCUAUCAUUUUAACAUUUUUAGUAGGUGUUCAAAUUUGUAAGUGAGCUGAAAGAUUCUUUUGCUAUACGUUUGAUCCCAAUCUAGA